AGCGACCUUGUGAGGUUUCCACCCGGAAGGUAAGAGCCGCUUCCGCUGCUCAGCGGAAGUGUGGGUCGCCGAAGGACGACUUGCCGCCGGGAUCCGCUCGCUGCUGGGUGCACAGUCGGAAUCAUGUCGAGUUUGUCGGUGAGAGACCCGGCCAUGGAUCGAUCACUGCGUUCCGUGUUCGUGGGGAACAUUCCGUACGAGGCAACCGAGGAGCAGCUGAAGGACAUUUUUUCGGAGGUGGGUUCCGUGGUCAGUUUCCGGCUGGUGUACGACCGAGAGACGGGGAAACCCAAGGGCUAUGGCUUCUGCGAGUACCAGGACCAGGAGACCGCGCUCAGUGCCAUGCGGAACCUGAACGGGCGGGAGUUCAGCGGCCGAGCGCUCCGGGUGGAUAACGCCGCCAGCGAAAAGAACAAGGAGGAGUUGAAGAGCUUAGGGCCUGCGGUGCCCAUCAUUGACUCACCCUACGGGGACCCCAUAGAUCCGGAGGAUGCCCCAGAGUCAAUCACCAGAGCGGUCGCUAGUCUCCCCCCGGAGCAGAUGUUUGAGCUGAUGAAGCAGAUGAAACUGUGUGUCCAAAACAGUCACCAGGAAGCUCGAAACAUGCUGCUUCAGAACCCGCAGCUGGCUUAUGCGCUGUUGCAGGCGCAAGUGGUGAUGAGAAUCAUGGACCCAGAGAUUGCUCUGAAAAUUCUGCAUCGCAAGAUACACGUUACACCCUUGAUCCCGGGCAAAUCUCAGCCUGGCUCUGGUCCUGUCGCUGGUCCUGGUCCUGGUCCUGGUCCUGUUCCUGUUCCGGGCCCUGGCCCUGUCGCUGGCCCUGUCUCUGGCCCUGGCCCUGGCCCUGGGCUCUGCCCAGGACCUAAUGUGAUGCUCAACCAGCAGAAUCCUCAGGCCCCUCAGCCUCAGCAUCUGGCGAGAAGGCCUGUGAAAGACAUUCCUCCUCUGAUGCAGACCCCUAUCCAGGGUGGAAUUCCCGCCCCCGGGCCCAUGCCAGCUGCAGUUCCUGGACCUGGUUCUUUAGCUCCCGGGGGAGCCCUGCAGCCCCAAGUUGGCAUGCCGGUGGUUGGUCCUGUGCCUUUAGAGCGGGGACAGAUGCAGAUGUCGGAUCCUAGAGCGCCUAUGCCACGUGGACCCAUGACUGCUGGUGGACUGCCUCCUCGAGGGUUGUUGGGAGAUGCUCCAAAUGACCCACGUGGGGGGACUUUGCUCUCAGUCACCCACACUGGAGAAGUAGAGCCCAGAGGCUACCUUGGGCCGCCUCAUCAGGGUCCCCCCAUGCACCAUGGCCCCGGUCAUGACAGCCGUGGCCCUUCCUCACAUGAGAUGAGGGGAGGGCCGAUCACCGACCCCAGAAUGCUCAUGGGAGAGCCCAGAGGACCGAUGAUAGACCAAAGGGGGCUACCUCUGGAUGGUAGAGGCGGUAGAGACGCUCGAGGGAUGGAGAGCCGAGCUAUGGAAACUGAGGUCUUGGAGGCACGAGUGAUGGAGAGGAGAGGAAUGGAGACCUGUGCCAUGGAAGCCAGAGGCAUGGAAGGAAGAGGCAUGGAUGGAAGAGGAAUGGAGAUGCGGGGCCCUGGCCCCAGUUCAAGAGGCCCUAUGGCCAGUGGGAUCCAGGGUCCUGGUCCCAUUAAUAUGGGGGCAGGUGGUCCACAGGGACCCAGGCAGGUCCCAAGCAUGUCAGGGGUGGGGAAUCCUGGAGCUGGCAUGCAGGGAGCAGGCAUGCAAGGGCCAGGCAUGCAAGGGCCAGGUAUGCAGGGAGCAGGCAUGCAAGGGCCAGGUAUGCAGGGAGCAGGCAUGCAAGGACCAGGCAUGCAGGGAGCAGGCAUGCAGGGACCAGGCAUGCAGGGAGCAGGUAUGCAGGGAGCAGGUAUGCAGGGAACAGGCAUGCAGGGGGCAGGCAAGCAAAGUGGAGGCCAGCCUAGCAGUUUUAGUCCUGGGCAGAGCCAGGUAACUCCACAGGAUCAAGAAAAGGCAGCUUUGAUCAUGCAGGUUCUUCAACUGACUGCAGAUCAAAUUGCCAUGCUGCCUCCUGAGCAAAGGCAGAGUAUCCUGAUUUUAAAGGAACAAAUCCAGAAAUCUACUGGAGCUUCUUGAAAUAUUCAUAGUAAUCCCAGAAAGUUGUCUUUUUUUUUUCUUUUUUCUUUUUUUCUUUUCUUUUUAGCAUGGAGAAUGGGUGCAAAAAGCUAACUACUGCAUCCCCACAGUUGAAUGAUUAGGGUUUAUCUCCUGGCAGAACCUAAUCUCAUUUGUUUUUCUUGUCUUUCCCCUCCUCCCCCCGCCCCCCCUCGAGUUUUCCUUUUUUAUUUCUAAUCGUGAGGGGGAGGAAUAGGUCUGUUCACUUUAAUUCACUGUAAAUAUACAAAAAUAACUCUGAAAGGGAUACUAUACCAAAUAAGGUUUCAAAUAAUAUGCAGCAAUACUAAAAAUGUGUACAAUAUGUUAACUUCUUUUAAAAACAAUAUUAAAUAAAACAAUGUGAAAUCUUUACAAAAGAUGAAAGGAUGACCUGUUAAAAUUGUAAUUUACCAAGAUAGUUUAAAAUUUUUGUUUGUAUAAGAAAACAAGUUUACCUCCAAAAUAUAAGAUUCAUUUUUUGGUAAGUCAUUUAAAAUACAAAAACCUAUUUGGGGGGGCAAUAGAAAGUUAUGUUAAGCAUUCUUUCAGAGUUUUGGAAUUAUUUAGAAAUGUUAAGAGCUAACAGGAUAAAUCUAAACUUGUGGUAUAGGGAUUGUUGUGUUUUUGUUUUUGUUUUAUAAAGCUACGCUACCUGAGUAUCAAAGAAUGGAUCUGGUGUGAUGUUUCAUUUAUCUCACCUUUCAGAGGUUAGUGACAUUCUGGCCUGACCUGAAAAUGAUAUUUUACUUGGACAGUUCUAGGAUUAACCAGGUUACUUAACUGUCCUCUGAUGAGAUUCAGUAAAUCUCUCCGUACCUUCCUAUUUCUCAGUAACCUUUGAGCCCUAAAUCUAAAUCUGAGUUAUUCUUUCACAUCCUUCCCUAAAAAUCAGUAUUUAGGGACCAGUUAAUCUGAGUGAAUUAUAGACCACAUUGGGCUUUUCAUAAAUGGUAAAGGGCUUCCUUCAUGCAGUAAAAACUCUGCUUCUAGCUUUUUUAUGCAGAUGCUUUUCUAUCUGGUCAACCAGAAACAGGAAUUAAAAAUCUUAGUCUCAGCAAUAUUUAACAUCACUUUUUGUUUUCUUAUAUCAUCUAAAUCCAUUUGUGUAUCACCAUCUUAUCAAAAUAACCCAAUCCAGGUAGGUAGGUAAAAUCUUGUAGCCUAAAUUCUCUGCUUAGUGGUUGGUUAUUCAUUGCUUUUUAUAAGGCAUGAAGCCACUUAGUUCUAGUAUAGGUACCACUGAGACAUAGUUAAAAAUCAGAAGAAAAGCGAGGCUUAUCACAUUUCCUUCAGAGCUACUACCUAACUUAUUUUUAAGCCUUCAAAUGUGGACAUAUAAAGUAUACCAUCGACUACUAGUGAAUAGAAGUAUAAACGCCCUAAUAACCAGGUGUUCUUACUCUGGAGAAAAACCAAUAAAAACUAAUAUCUAGUUACAGAGGGGAGAAUGUCAUUUAAUGCAAGGAGAGAACUGAAACUUGGAAAUUAUUUUUCCUUUGUAAGGUGUAUACAUCUUAAAUGGUAUAAGGUUUUCAUCCCUUUGCUGUUACACAUUUUUUUACUGUUGUUUAUACUGUUACUUUUCUUGUGUAUUCUAUAUGCUCCCCCUAUAUUGGAGGGAAUAACUCUACCUGUGUGUGUGUGAUAAUUCUGUACACUACUCAUUCACAGAGUUGGCUUGAUUACUUUGAAAUUAUAGUUCCUUUAUCCUAAAGUUUUCAUUGAAGGACUAAAUAAAAACCAUUAAAUGUUAUGUUCUUUGUUGUAAUAACAUCUCUGCAUUGUUUAAGGAAGACGUAAUAAAAAGAAUGGACAAUACCUGA